CUUCAAUUCCACUCUCACCACUUUAAUCCACGCGGCAGCUCAAUUCCCGAUCCUCGAUUUUCUGCAAUGGAGACCAAUAGAGUGACGAUUCCGCUCUUGAUUUCGGAUUUAGUCGCCGAUUGGUCAAUUUCCCGAUAAUUUUGGGAGAUUUGUUGCGCAAAAUGUGGUUUUUGGUCACUUUUCCGGAGAGAUACUGACUGAUAUGUGAAGGGAAUGUUUUCCUCUUUCUGUAUAUAUGUAUGUUUCAACAUUUCUCUUUACACUUGAAGAUUUUGGGGGUACAUAAUUUAUUGCUACUGUGGAGAUUUGGGAGCUUCUUAGUGUUUUUUGUUCUAUGAGGGAGUCAUGUAAUGAGCCAUUUGUUAGUGCUAUCAAUCCUCAGUCAUGGCUCCAAGUGGAAAGAGGCAAACUCACUAAAUUCGUGCCGCAGUCUCCUUCUUCGAUAGAAUCCCUUAUCAAGGUUCCCGAACCUUCAAUUCUUCCGUUCUAUAAGCCUGUUGAUUACGUUAAAGUGCUAGCUGAAAUUCAUGAAGAACUUGAGGCGUGUCACCCUACAGAAAGGUCGAGUCUUUACUUGCUGCAGUAUCAGGUCUUUAAAGGCCUUGGGCAAUCAAAGUUGAUGCGGAGAAGCCUUCACUCUGCUUGGUCGAAGGCAAGUACAGUUCACGAAAAACUUGUCUUUGGAGCUUGGUUGAAGUAUGAGAAGCAAGGUGAUGAUAUAAUAUCCGACUUGCUGUCCUCUUGUGGUAAAUGUGCUAAGGAGUUCGGAUCUAUAGAUAUUGCGUCUGAGUUCCCUGUUGUUAAAACUUCAAGUACGCUUGGAAUGGUGAGCAGCAUUAAUCUCCCACGUGUUGUUUCUUUUCAAAUCGACGAUGAGAGAAUAACAUGUGAGAGGCAUAAGAUUGCUGGACUUUCUGCUCCAUUUCAAGCGAUGCUCAAUGGAUGCUUCACAGAAUCGGUUUGUGAUGACGUAGAUCUUUCAGAAAACAACAUUUCUGCUUCAGGGAUGAGAGCAAUCAGAGAUUUCAGUAAAACGGGAAGUUUAAGUGAACUGGCUCCGAGUCUUUUGCUGGAAAUUUUGGUAUUUGGAAACAGAUUUUGCUGCGAAGGCCUGAAGGAUGCUUGUGAUCGGAAACUUGCUUCUUUGGUUUUGUGCAGACAGGAUGCAGUAGAACUCAUUGAAUUCGCUCUUGAGCAGAAUUCUCCUGUACUAGCUGCCUCUUGUUUGCAAGUGUUUCUACACGAGCUUCCUGACUCACUGAAUGACGAUCAGGUAGUUGAACUGUUGUGCAGUUUGGAUAGGCAACAACGGUCAAUAAUGGCUGGACCUGCCUCGUUCUCUCUAUAUUCUUUGUUGGCGGAAGUUUCCAUGAAUUAUAAUCCCUCCUCAGACAGAGCAGUUCUUUUCGGUAAGCAGUUGGUAGACGGUGCUGGAAAUAGACGGCAGAAAAUGAUUGCACUUCAUCAGUUGGGAUGCACUAGACUCCUCAGAAAAGAAUGUGCCGAAGCAGAGACGCUGUUUGAAGCUGCUUUGAGUGAAGGGCAUGUUUAUUCCAUUCUCGGGUUAGCCAGGUUAUGUCAUAUGAGAGGGCAUAGCAAACAGUCGUACGAAAAGAUCAGUUCCGUCAUAUCCUCUUAUACACCUCUUGGAUGGAUGUAUCAAGAGAGAUCAUUAUACUGUGAUGUUGAUAAACGAUGGGAAGAACUCGAGAAAGCUACUGAGCUAGAUCCCUCCUUGACUUACCCCUUCAUGUAUCGAGCUGCAUCCAUGAUGAGAAAGCUGGAUGUUCAAGCCGCCCUUGCGGAGAUAAACAGGGUUCUUGCCUUCAAACUAGCGUUGGAGUGCUUGGAGCUGCGCUUCUGUUUCUAUCUCGCUCUCGAGGAUUACCAAUCAGCUUUGUGUGAUGUGCAAGCGAUUCUCACAGUGUCUCCAGAUUAUAGGAUGUUUGGUGGGCGAGUUGGGGCUUCCCAACUCCGCAUUCUUGUGCGGGAACAUGUCGAGAGCUGGACAACUGCGGAUUGCUGGCUACAGCUCUAUGAUACAUGGUCCUUAGUCGAUGAUAUCGGAUCACUGUCUGUAAUCUAUCAGAUGCUCGAGUCUGAUGCACCGAAGGGCGUUCUAUACUUUAGACAGUCUCUACUUCUCCUCAGAUUAAACUGUCCUGAAGCAGCGAUGAGGAGUUUGCAGCUAGCUCGUGAGCAUGCAUCAAGUGAACCCGAAAGAUUAGUAUACGAGGGGUGGAUCUUAUACGAUACAGGUCAUUGCGAAGAAGGGCUACAGAAAGCUGAGGAGUCCAUUAAGCUCCAGAGAUCUUUUGAAGCUUUUUUCUUAAAAGCUUAUGCUUUAGCCGACUCCUGUCAAGAUCCGUCUUGCUCGUCCACUGUUGUAUUGCUUCUCGAAGAAGCUCUGAAGUGUCCGUCAGAUAGACUUCGCAAGGGUCAGGCGCUGAACAACCUCGGAAGUGUGUACGUUGACUGUGGGAAGCUCGAUGCUGCAGCCGACUGCUACAUCAAUGCCCUCAAGAUCCGGCAUACUCGGGCUCACCAGGGCCUCGCCCGUGUCCAUUACCUUAGGAACGACAAGAAUGCCGCAUAUGCCGAGAUGACCAAGCUGAUCGAGAAGGCAAUGAACAACGCGUCCGCGUAUGAAAAACGGUCAGAGUACUGCGAGCGCGACCUCACGAAGGCGGACCUCGAGAUGGUCACCCGCCUCGAUCCUCUUCGGGUCUACCCGUACCGUUACAGAGCGGCAGUUCUGAUGGACAGCCAUAAGGAUAAGGAAGCCAUCGCUGAACUCUCGAGGGCAAUAGCGUUCAAGGCGGAUCUUCAUCUUCUUCACCUCCGGGCUGCGUUCCACGAGCACGUUGGCGAUGUUAUGGGCGCGCUGCGUGAUUGUCGAGCUGCACUCUCCGUCGACCCGAAUCAUCAAGAGAUGCUUGAGCUUCAUAGCCGUGUGAACAGCCAAGAACCUUGAGGUUUUUGGGUCAAUUGGAUUAUCCCUCCUAACUUUGAAUUUUGUAUACUUAAAAAUAUAUUGUUAAUAGUAUAAUUUUAUUACCAGGUGCUAAGUUGAUGCACUUGUGGUCUUUCUAUAAAUUUAAUCAUUAUAACAUCAA